CUCUGGUGGUGCGGAUCGGAUCCUCAUCGUCGUCGUCGUCGUUUUCGGUCGUAUCGGGUUUCGAAGCUCAAAAUUGGUUCAAGUUCAGUUUUCAGUUUUCGGUGAUCUAGCAGUUUGCUUGUCUUCGGAUUUACUUUAAGGGGUCAGCAGCAGAAGGCUUCUCGUUUAAUAAUGAAAUUCACACCACCCCCGGCAUCACUCCGUGGACCACUUCAGAUCCCGGACAAAAUUAUGAUGGGACCUGGGCCCUCAAACUGCUCCAAGCGGGUCCUAAACGCCCUGGUCAACACCAGUCUGAGCAAUUUCCACGCGGAACUUUUCCAAGUGAUCGACGAAGUGAAGGACGGCCUUCGAUAUAUCUUCCAAACCGAUAGUCGUACUACGAUGUGUAUCACCGGAUCUGCUCACACCGGAAUGGAAGCAUUGCUGAGCAAUCUUCUCGAGGACGGUGAGCGGGUGCUGAUCGCCGUUAGCGGAAUUUGGGCAGAACGGGCCGUCGAAAUGGCCACUCGAUACGGAGCGGAUGUUCGUACGAUUACCGGUGUCGGUGAUCGACCUUUCACGAUGACAGAAUUCGAGAAUGCAUUGAAAGAGCAUAAACCAAAGUGCUUGUUCGUGGUGCACGGAGAUUCUUCGAGUGGACUUCUUCAACCUCUGGAAGGUUUGGGUCGGCUUUGUCACGAACACGACUGUAUGCUGCUGGUGGAUGCCGUGGCCAGUUUGUGCGGAGUUCCCUUCUACAUGGACAAGUGGGAGAUCGACGGAGUAUAUACCGGAUCGCAGAAAGUUCUGGGAGCGCCUCCAGGCAUCACACCGAUCUCCAUCAGCGAUCGAGCCUUGAACGUCAUUCGAACGCGCAAAACCAAAGUCAAAGUAUUCUACUGGGAUCUACUUCUUCUCGGCAACUACUGGGGAUGUUACGAUGAGCAAAAAAUGUACCACCACACCGUUCCAUCGAACCUGAUCUUCGCUCUGCGCGAAGCGCUGGCCCAGAUCGCCGAAGAUGGGCUGGAAACGCAAAUCAAGCGCCGCAUGGAAUGCGCCCAGGAACUGUACCGCGGGUUGGCCAACAUGGGCCUGGAGGUUUUCAUCAAAGAUCCCAAACACCGACUGCCCACCGUGACCGGAAUCAUGAUCCCGAAGGGUGUCACUUGGUGGAAAGUUUCCCAGUACGCGAUGAAGAACUUCUCACUGGAAAUCCAAGGCGGACUGGGGCCAACCUGGGAGAAGGCAUGGCGUGUCGGAAUUAUGGGUGAAUGCUCAAACGUACAGAAAAUAAACUUCUAUCUGUACGGCUUCAGGAAAUCGCUCAAGGCCACCCAUCCGGAUUUUUUGCUGGACGAACGGAAUGGUUAUCACUGAAUGGGGAGAAUCACUACCGAGUCGAGAUUAGAAAGAUGCAUUUUUUGUCCCCAUACAUGUUCGACUACCGAAAUUUAGUCGGUAGUCCCAUCAAAUUUCAUAAGUGAAGAAGGAAAAAAAGGUUUAAAUUGAGAUAACGAGUAGCCGGAGAAACUAGAAUCGGUUUCACCCAAAAGAAAUGUUCUAUACAUAAAUACAUAAUACAUACUUACAUAUUAAGACUUUGUUAGAUUAACUGUAGACACAUGUUUGAUUAUACGUUGUCUUAUCACGAGCUUUAAGUGCUUGAGUUCAGUGCUUUACGUUCUGGAUUUUUCUCUUUUUUUAGACGAAUUAUUCAA